AUGGCUUUUCCUUGUUUUAGGACUACCCUCAACCUCUUGCUGUUUCUUGUUCUGACACCUUCUGUGUUUGCCCAAACUCCUCCUAAUGUUACUUCGGGUUCAUACCUUAUUGCUUCUGAUACAUCAGUUCCAUGGAAGUCCCCUUCUGGUGAAUUUGCUUUUGGAUUCCACCAAAUCAACAAUCAAAAACUUUUCUUGCUUGGCAUCUGGUUCGAUACAAUACCGGAGAAAACAUUAGUUUGGUAUGCAAACGGAGAUGAUAUGGCACCUGAAGGAUCGAAGGUUGAGCUUACUCUUGAUGGUAGUUUCAGACUUACUAGUCCUCAAGGACGAUUAAUGUGGAAGCCUCAAUCUUCAGUAGAUGGAGUUGCUUAUGCUGCCCUACUCAACAACGGCAACUUUAUUCUCGCAGAUAAUAGUUCCAAGUCUUUGUGGGAAACCUUCAAGGAUCCCCGUGAUACCAUGCUGCCAACUCAAAUACUUGAAGUUGGUGGAAAGUUAUCGUCCCGGCUAAAGGACAGUAGCUACUCCAAGGGAAGGUUCCUGCUUCGCUUGCAACCAAAUGAUGGGAGUGUUUUGCUCAAACCACUUGCCUUGCCAACAGGUUAUGAAUAUGAGGCUUAUUUUAAGAGCAAUACUUCUGAUGAUGCUUCACCACAGAAUUCUGGCUAUCAGUUAGUCUUUGACAAGUCAGGUCACCUCAAUGUUCUCCAAGCCAGUAGAAGUGUUGUUAACCUCACCAAGGGAAGAGAGUCUCCAGCCGGAGAUUACUUUUACAGGGCGACGCUUGAUGUUGAUGGACUUUUUACUCUGUAUGCUCAUCCCAGGGCUCAAACAAAUGGUAGAUGGGGACAGACAUGGGUUGCUAUUUGGUCAGUCCCGGACGAUAUAUGUUCUGAUCAUAGUAGUGGUAACUUGGGUGGUGGUCCUUGUGGAUAUAACAGCUACUGUAAACUUGGCACAAACCGAAGGCCUAUCUGUGAAUGCCUUCCUGGGUUUUCCCUCUCCGAUACCAGCAACGAGUUCGGUGGCUGCCAGCAGAACUUAAUGCCAAAUUGUGACCAAGGAAAAUCAAAGCCAGAGGAUUUAUAUGCACUGCAAGAGGUGCCAAAUACAUUUUUUCCAUAUUCUGCAAACUUCGAACAAUUGCAGUCACUAAAUGAAGAUGAGUGUGGACGAUUGUGCCUCUCUGAUUGUAACUGUGUUGUUGCUGUCAUCAAAAAGGGGAGCUGUUGGAAGAAGAAAUUGCCACUUUCAAAUGGAAGGCAAGACUAUAAUAUCUAUGGGAAGGCUCUAGUUAAGGCGAAAGUCAAAUACGGGGAACAAAGAUCAAACAACUUUAGUUCUGGCAGGAGCAAUUCUUCUAGCUUUACGUAUAAAGACCUGAAAGAAGCCACGGAUGGAUUUAGAGAGCAGCUUGGACGAGGUUCGUUUGGAACUGUAUAUAAAGGACUAUUAACAUCACAGAGUUCAAGAAACUAUGUUGCAGUUAAGAAGUUGGAGAGGAUGGUGCAAGAAGGCGAGAAGGAAUUCAAAACAGAAGCAAGCGCGAUAGCCAAGACUCACCACAAGAAUUUGGUCAGAUUGCUUGGAUUCUGUGAUGAAGGGCCAAACAGGCUUCUGGUCUAUGAGUUUAUGAGCAAUGGCACCUUAGCUGGUUUCCUAUUUGGAAUUUCCAGACCUGACUGGAACAAACGCAUUCAAAUGGCAUUCGGCAUUGCACGUGCGCUUACAUACUUGCACGAGGAGUGUAGCACACAGAUUAUCCAUUGCGACAUCAAGCCCCAAAACAUACUCCUUGAUGACACAUUUACAGCAAGAAUCUCAGACUUUGGACUGGCAAAGCUCUUAAUGAAUGAACAAACACGCACACAUACAGCUAUUAGAGGGACCCGAGGAUAUGUCGCACCAGAGUGGUUCAGGAACAUGCCAAUUACAGCAAAAGUAGAUGUUUAUAGUUAUGGGAUCAUGCUAUUGGAGAUCAUUUGUUGCAGAAAGAGCGUUGAUAUGGAAAAUGAGAAAGAAGAGGAGAUCAUACUAGCAGACUGGGCCCAUGACUGCUAUAAAGGACGAAAAUUAGACGAGCUGGUGAAGGCUGACGAGGAGGCAAAAAAUGACAUGAAGACGUUGGAGAGGUUAGUGAUGGUGUCAAUUUGGUGCAUACAAGAGGAUCCUUCUCUUAGACCUUCUAUGAGGACAGUCACACAAAUGCUUGAAGGAAUCGUUCAAGUUUCUGCUCCCCCAUGUCCUUCCCCUUUCAGUUCAAUCUGCUAAGAAAUACCAGUUCCAAAUUAUUCUCUCCUCGCUUUCUCAUCAUUAAAUUUGCUUUGCAAGUAAUGUAUGUUGGCAUUAGCUGUACAUUGAUUUA